CGGGCUUUUGACCCAUGGCCACCAAUGAUCAAACCGAGCCUCAACACCAAGACGGACACCGCUGCUCCACGUUUGCCCGUCGCGAUGCCAACCUCAUGACGGAUGGUUCGCCGGAACGAGGGGAACGAGGGCGAGAAGAACGAGAAGCGAGGCCGUCGCAAAGGGCGAGGCUAUGAGGAAGCAGCAAGUGUGGAAGAAGCCCCACCCAGGGAGCGGAAGCUUCCGAACUUCAGCUGCGUCGCCCUGAAGUGCCACAGCGGGAAGCACCUCCGCGAGGAGAACGGUGAGCUCCGGGCCUCCAGCUCCAUCGUCAAGGACCCGGAGAAGUUCGAGCUGCUGCGCCACGAGGACGGCCGGGUGUCUUUGAAGUGCCACUCGGGGCGCCUGGUGGCGGUGGAUAGGAACGGGGACCUCAAGGCCGCAGGCGGAGGUCAGCUGGAGGAGAACUCCAAGUUCCACUUGGAGUGCCUCGACUGCGAGCGCUGCGCGCUGAAAACCUCCAGCUGCGGCUACGUGGCGGCGGAGCCCAACGGCCGGCUGAAAGCCAACCGAAGCGUGGUGGGGGCCUGGGAGGUGUUCCAGCUCAAGGAUCGCUCCGGCAAGGCGAAAAGUCCGGCGCUGGAGCCGGCACCGGCACCGGCACCCGACACGCCCUUCCUGGACGCCUUCUGCCAUUUGGAAGAUGUGCUUUUGGCGGAGGAGCGCUACGGGAAGACGCACACUGACCGGACCGCGAUCCUCUUCGAGAAGCGGGCCAGAGCCAGGCGAAGGGAGGGCCGCCAUCUGAACUUCCAGCACUUCUGCGAAGAGCACCAGUAUCCGGCGGCCUUCAGAGGCUGCGUGUCUGCCUGGGACGUCACCAGUCUGGAGGAGAACUGGAAGGCCAUUCUGGAGGAGGACACCGUGUGGGCGAUCUUCGGCAUCCCCGCCGCCUCCGCGGAGGCGCCGACGGCCAUCGCGCGACUGGCAGAGCUGGCGGCGCACGAGAAGUGUAAAGCCUUAGGUCCCAUCGGGGUGGUGUGGGCGGACCUGCCUUUGCCGCUGGAAGGGGACAUGGCGGAGCAGUUCGGAGGCAUGUCAUGCAGCGCCAUCCUCGCGGAGUUUGGUGCUGCGCCCACGCAGAGCUACGACGUCAGCAGGGACCCGGCCUUUCUGGAGUGGUCCAGGGCUGCAGGAUCCACCGCGAAGCCAGAGACCUGGGUGCUCAGGCACGGCGACCAACGCCUCCGGCAAUUUGAAGCCGCCAGGUCGGACCACGCGCGGCGGCGCCUGGAGGCCCAAGUGGAGGUGGCCAAGGAGCAGCUGCAGCUGGCCAAGGACCUGGGUCUGCCCGUCAUACUCCAGGUGCCACCACAGGACCAAGCGGAGAGAUCUAUGGCGGAGCUUCUCGUCUCCGUCUUCGGCGAGCAGUCGCAGCAUCCCAUGCUGCUGUCCUCCUUCCAUGGGCGGCCCAAGUGCGUCCCAGCCUUCCUGCGUUCCUUCCCCAAGAUGAUGAUGGCCUUCAGCGGCCUCCUCACGCACUCCAAGCACAAGAGGAUGUUGGGGCUGAUGGCCUUCGACGUGCCUUUGGACCGCUUGGUGCUGGAGAGCUUGGGGCCCCACUUCCCCCCCAGCGGCCUUCAGGGGCAGAGCCGCGGCAGCUUUUCUCAGCCCAAGCACGUGCUGCAAAUCGCGGAGGCGGUGGCGGAAGUGAAGGGCCUCCUGGCGGCGGAAGUCCUGGAGGCCGCCUUGGCCAACACCCAGCGGUUCUACGGGAUCUGACGUCAGUUCGGCUCGGCCCGGGGCCCGGGGCCCAGGGCCCGGGGCUGAGAGGAGAAGUGAGGAUCCGGACGCGGAAUUCCCAAAGGGUGGCGCCACUGUGCCGGCGCUACAGUUUGUCUGGCAUGCCGCCCAGGGAAAAAUGACCAGAGCGGCA